CAUUGUCAACUUAAAAUGCAAAAAACCUUUUCUAUCCUUUCGCACUCUUCUCAACGUUUCUGCUCCAUUUUCAAGAGCCUGAUUCCUAGCUGGAAAAAAGGACUGGCUGAGGGAGAAAGAAACCUGACACCAAAGGACUUUGAAAUCCUGGUCAUUGAAAUGGACUAUGGCAUGGACGACAAGGACCCUAUCCAACAUGUUCAUUUCUACAGCAAAUCUGAGCUUGACAAGGCAAAGCUGAUGCCCGAAGAAAAGGGAUCCAGGAUUCACACAACGUGCUUUUCUGAGCAGCUGAUCAGGGUCUUCUGUAAGGAGAUUGAUGACGAGAGUGUGGAGGCUGCCAAAAAGCACUUUAAACAGUGGUUAAGGUGCUGGUUAAGCUCUACUCUAAUUCUGCAAAACAUUGUCUCUGGAAAUAUCUACAAGUUUGUUGGUGAGAGAAAGCCAGCGGACCCCAUCGAGGAUUGGGAAAGCCGGAUUUCUGGCUGGAAAGAAGGAUUGGCUCGAUCCUUACCUGAGGGAGAAAGAAACCUGACAUCAGAGGACUUUGAAAUCCUGGUCAUUAACAUGGACUACGGCAUGAAAGACGAGAACAGCAAAAAUGCAUCCAGGAUUGGCACAACGUGCUUUUCUGAGCAGCUGAUCAGGGUCUUCUGUAAGAAGACUGAUAGAAAGAGUGUGAAGGCUGCAAAAAAGCACUUUGAACAGUGGAAGUUCGAGAAGAAGCCGCAUCUGCUUGGACCUGAGGGUAAUUAAAAGACCAUGGAAAUGACUCAACAACAUGAAUAACACAGAAUUAUUUCUUAUUCAGACUCAGGACUCUUUCUAGCUUUUAUCAUAUACAUGUUGUAUUGUUGUUUUAAA